AAAACAUCAUCAAUAUGCGACCGUUGAUUUGCCUGAACUCCCCAAGCCAAUAACCGAAACCGGGGGCGUCGGAGGUUCGGAGGCUUGAGACGGCACUCUCCACGGAUCUUCGCCGCCAGUGUCUGAACUCCACACUACCGAAAUUGCUUCCCGUUGCCUUGCCUUACCCUCGGGGAUGAUUUGAUGACCACUCAUCCCUCUUUUCAUAAAUAAGUUGGAUUCUCGCGUUUGGUCAUAAAUCUGAGCUGAUUCCUCUCAUUUGAACAUACCUAUAUUCAUUGAUUGGCAUUAUCGUUUUUGCAUUGGGCCGGUACCUUUUUUUCCCCGAGCUGUUUUGUCCAACACUCCUAUACAACACUUCACCAUGUUUGUGACACUGGAGACCGUUCCGGUCAUUCUUCUCGGCCUCGCCGUAGCCUAUUACUUGGUCCCGUACGUGCAAAAGUCGCACUUGCGUGAUAUUCCCUCUGCCGGGUUUGCCGCGUUCACCAACGUUUGGUUACUGCUGCAGGCCCGUCAAGGUCAAAAGUACCUGACGAUCGACGAGGCCCACAAGAAGCACGGAAAGCUUGUCCGCAUUUCACCUACCCAAGUCUCUAUUGCCGACGAUGAAGCUAUUCAGAGCGUCUAUGGACACGGCAAUGGUUUCUUGAAAGCGGACUUCUACGAUGCCUUUGUCUCUAUCCGCCGUGGCUUGUUCAACACCCGUGACCGCGUCGAGCACUCCCGCAAGCGCAAGACCGUUUCCCACACUUUCAGUGCUAAGUCCAUUGGCCAAUUUGAGCAGUAUAUCCACGGCAACAUUGAGGAGUUCGUGAAGCAAUGGAACCGUCUGUCCGACCUUCAAGGUAACCCCAAGACUGGCUAUGUAAGCAUCGACGCCCUCAACUGGUUCAACUACCUGGCGUUCGAUAUCAUCGGCGACUUGGCUUUCGGAGCUCCCUUCGGCAUGCUCGAGAAGGGCCAGGAUAUUGCCGAGAUGCGUCUGGACCCCAAGGACCCUCCCAAGUAUGUCGCCGCUGUCGAAGUUCUGAACCGUCGUGGAGAGGUGUCCGCUACCCUGGGCUGCAUGCCCUCUCUCAUCCCCUUCGCCAAGUACAUCCCGGACCGCUUCUUCUCCGAAGGUCUGCAAGCCGUUGAGAACCUUGCCGGUAUCGCCAUUGCCCGUGUCAACGAGCGUCUCAAGCCGGAGAUUAUGGCCAACAACACCCGUGUGGAUCUGCUUGCCCGCCUUAUGGAGGGCAAGGACGGAAACGGUAACCAGCUUGAACGCGCCGAAUUGACCGCCGAGGCCCUCACCCAAUUGAUCGCCGGCUCUGACACCACCUCCAACACCACCUGUGCCAUCCUCUACUGGUGCAUGACCACCCCGCACGUUCUCCCCAAGCUCCACAAGACCCUGGACGAAGCCCUCCCCAAGGACAUCGAAGUUCCCACGCACGCCAUGGUCAAGGAAAUCCCCUACCUCCAAUGGGUGAUCUGGGAAACGAUGCGCAUCCACAGCACAUCCUCAAUGGGUCUUCCUCGCGAGAUCCCCGCUGGCUCCGCCCCCGUCGUGAUCUGCGGACACACCUUCAUAGCCGGCGACGUUCUCUCGGUACCCAGCUACACGAUCCACCGCUCGAAAGAGAUCUGGGGCGCCGACGCGGAACAAUUUGUCCCAGAGCGAUGGAGUCCCGAGCGUCUCAGCGCACGCCAAAAGGCCGCCUUCAUCCCAUUCAGCCACGGACCUCGCGCGUGUGUCGGUCGCAACGUCGCCGAGAUGGAACUGCUCGUUAUCUGCGCUACUGUGUUCCGACUCUUCGAGUUCGAGAUGCACCAGGAUGGACCCAUGGAAACGCGUGAGGGAUUCCUGCGCAAGCCGCUUGCUUUGCAGGUUGGUAUGCGUCGUCGUCGAGUUUGAGUGUCUACGACUUUUGGAAUAUUGGACAGUUUACACAACUGUAAAAAAGGGAUGUGUUGAGGAUUGAAAUAGUUUGGAUCUAGGGUGGAAUUGCAAUGGGAUCUUGGAUUGUAUUUGGAUCACCAUUUUGUCAUGAUUCGAUGAGAAUGACUGAGUUGGCUGUGCUAGCCUUGGGGCAAGUGUUUUACCGCGCAGUCGCUGAUGACUUUCCUUUUUUGGCUUGUCGAUUUCGAUUUGGUUUUGGGUCUUGG